CUUUACUCCUGAUUCCUCCACAUGACCGGCUGCGUAUAUAUACUGAGUCCUGACAGCACACAGAGCAUUCAGCAGCUGAUAGACUGAACAGAAGGUGCACCAGGUGCUGUGUCAGACAUGAAGGUCCUCGUGGUUCUCGUCCUCGCCGUUUUCACUGCUGGUUGCAAUGCCAACGUCACAUGGCGCGACCAGCCCAGACAGAAGGCUGAAAUGGUGAAAGAUGCUUUCUGGGACUACGUUGCAAAGGUAACCGCGACCGCCGAGGAGUCCCUGAAGAAGAUCAGAGAGUCCGAGCUGGGACAGGAAAUGAACACCUUCAUUGCAACAAGCACUGAUGCCAUCAACACGGUCACCAACACCCUGCGCACUCAGGUGGCUCCUCUGGCCCAGGACUUCAUGUCUAAGUUCUCCCAGGAGGCAGAGAAGCUGAAGACCCAAAUGGAGAAGGAUCUGGAAGCCGUGAGGGCCCGCCUGCAGCCCUACACUGAGGAGCUGGUGGCCAAGGUGGAGGAGCUGAAGAAAGACACAGCCUCCUACGCUGAGGACCCAGAGGCCCUGAAGGCUGCCCUGCAGCAGAAGAGCCAGGAGCUGAAGAUGCAGUUGGAGCAGAAAGUGAACCGGCUGCAGGCUCAGAUGGUGCCCUACACCGAGGAGAUAAAGGAGAAGAUGCAGGAGAGCCUGGAGGAGUUUCAGAGGAGCUUUGAGGCCCAGAUGACCCAGAUAAGCCAGAAGAUCGGCGGACUGAUCCACGGGCGUGCUUAAAGCUGACCCAUUAAAUGGACUAGAAUAAAAACUAGGUGUCAGAUUAUUUUCUGCUGCCUUGUCAUCAGUGAUUGCUGCUAAGUCAGGGUGGAUUUUAAUGUCUACAUCGAAAACAUAAUACCUCAUGUUCCUGAUUUAUAUCUGUGAAAGAGCCUCUCGGGGCUCUUGGCUUACAUGUUACGUUUUACCUCUAAAAGUGUUAUCUGACAAACAACAAUAAACACAUUCAAGGAA